AUGGCGUUUUUGAAAUGGGAGGAUUAUGCUAUCAUUGCAUUAGCAGUGAUGACGUCACUUGGAGUUGGUCUUUAUCAGUCUUUGAAAGGAAGGAAACACAAGACAACUUCCCAGUAUUUAUUGGGCAGUGGACAAAUGGCCGCUAUUCCAGUGGCAAUAUCGCUAGUGGUUUCCUAUGAAUCAGGCAUCACGAUGUUGGGUGUUCCGGCGGAAGUGUACAUGUAUGGUAUGCAGUGGUAUAUGGCAAACUUUGGUUACUUCUUUGCUGACCUUUUGAAUCGACAUCUUUUGGUGCCUACACUGAAGAGAUUGGAGGUUACAAGUAUAUUUGAGUAUUUAGAACUACGGUACAAGUCACAUGGGAUCCGAAUGUUUGCUACAGUUCUAAGUAUUAUUUCAGGGCUAAACUAUCUAGGAACGGUUUUAUUUGUUCCUGCAGUGACACUGGAGGCGGUGGCGGGAAUUCCAGAUUGGGUGUCCAUUGUCGGCGUUAUGGUCGUAGUGGUCGUUUAUACAUACAUAGGGGGAUUUCAAGCCGUGGUGUGGUCAGAUGUUGUUCAAGCAGUUUUGAUGUUUAGUGGAAUAUUUGCCCUGCUAAUCAAGGGUACCAUUGAUGCGGGAGGAAUUGCGGCGACAUGGACAUCAUUUAGUGACAAAGGGCGUAUGAAUCUUUUCAACUUCAAUCCUGAUCCAACACUUCGACAGACGUUUUGGAGCCUCGUUGUCGGGAGCACAAUCUCUGGUCUAGGGGUACCACUAACACAGGUGUCAUUUCUGAGAAUUAAGGCUACUCCAACAGUGAAGUCAGCAAAACGAAUGUACCUCUUUACGGCAUUUGCUUUUCUUAUAACUAACCUGAUCGCCGCUCUGGAAGGAGUCGUUCUGUUUGCGUACUAUAACGCAAAAGGCUGUGAUCCUUUGGAAGCAAAGGAGGUGGAUAAUCCGAACCAGUUAAUUGCUCAAAUGGUAGUUGACAUAUUCAGGAACACCCCAUGUCUACCAGGACUAUUCCUAGCAGCAAUAUUUAGUGCAUCACUGAGCACAAUGUCUUCGACACUUAGUGGUCUGUCAGCAUUGUUUUGGGAGGACAUUAUCAAGCCCCAUACAAAGCCUAUGUCUAAUACAAAAUCUACAAUUAUCACACAGGUAUCAGUCCUGGUGUUUGGAGCUAUUGGUGUUGUCGUUGCCUUCCUGGUCUCUGGUCUUGAAGGCCCAAUCGUACAGGGAGCCAUGGUUAGUGGAUGUAUGAGCUGUGCACUUGUUGGAUGGCUUGCGAUCGGACGAUACAUAAAUGAUGUAGUCAGUGUGAAUACAAAACUUGAACCAGCUUCUAUGGAAAACUGUAUAUUUCCUAACAAUUCUGUCAUCAUCAAUACAACGCUGUCUAGCCACGUAUUGGAGUCACUUGAUGAAAAUGAACUAGACCAUGUCAAAACUGCCAAUGGUCAAAAAUGCGUUGAAGAUCACAGUGUGUCAUGA